AGCACCAGCAGCACCAGCAGCAUCAGCAGCACCAGCACCAGCGGCGCUACUACUCUGGUUUAUCCAAGAUAAAGGCGACCCCGCAAUUUCAUUCUCCAGUGAGCGGCGGGCAUGAUCGACUAGCGGCGGCGGUGGUAGAGGUGUCUGUUGCCUUCUAAAAGGAUUGGAGGGUGCGGGCACCAUUAUUGCGGGGUAAAUCACUCUUUCUCUCUCUCUCUUUGUCUCAUACAAGGCCGACGUGCGGAGGUCUUGGUCGUCGUCGGGGACAGGCCGGAGUCGCGGGCGGAAUUACCUGGCCAAACAGACGAAACGCGGCACCCGGGAGUUUAAUUACUGUGGAAACGGUAAGAGGUACGGAUGCAGAGAUGAUGCGAUGGAGAAAAGACGAUUGGUAGCUAUGGCUAACGGGGGUGGUGGGUUGGAUGGGUUGGGUGGGUAUGCGGUUGGGUGGUGGGGUGCAGUAGAGUACCAGGUACGGGAUGCGUAGAUAAUGGCGUGCUGGGGGUGGGCUUGGGUGGUUGAGGUAGAGGAGGAGUAUGAAGAGGAGGAGGUGGUGGUGGAGGUGGUGGUGGUGGAGGUGGUGUUGCAAGACGAUGAAGGGAUCAACAAGAGUGAACGCGAGGGCGAAGGGAGACAAGUACCCCACGGGUACGAUGUACCCAACAUGGAAGAUAAAGCAGCGCCGGCCGAGGCUGUGCGAAUCGCGGGACUGCAUGAUGUUGUGAGUCUGGGUGGUGGCAUGUGGGGCAGGGCAGGGCAGGGCGGAGAAAGCAAAAGACGGCUGCACCAAACACCCGGUUCCGAGGCGCUAUGGAGCUUGAGCUAUCCGGGCGUCACGAUUUGCAAGCACGCACUCUACGUGCUAUAUACUACAGUAUUUACGGAUUUCCAGAGUGUGCUAUGGUUAAAGGUGUUUCUGCUUUACGCUGAGCAUUAUCAUACGGGCCAGAAGGAUCGGCCCCCGAACGGGCUGACAUUCGGGCUGGCGAUUCGGCUGGCAGUCUCGACCACUCGGACCAGCUCCGGCGCACGCAAUGGCGCGACAACUCGUAAAAGCACGUUGACCGUUGUCCACCAUGCUGAAACACUCAAGAUCCUCAUCCGAUCGAUCGUCGACCUUUUUCUAGCAACAGUGCAGUACCGUAGCACUUAUGUGGUUAGGUACCUUGAUAUCCGCUUCCACGUAUUCCCUCCCAUGUAUAGCCGGGUGCCAAUUGGUGGGACGGUCAGUCUGCAGCCGAUUCGGUGGGACAACUUCCGAGCUACACACGGCCGGAAAGGAUCGAGGAAGGAUGUACAUGAUGGCCUCGGUGUCAGCGAGGUGUUCGGGUGCUGUAGCCGCCAGAAGGCCGGUGCCAAGGUGAGGCAGUUAACCUAUGUACAUGCAUACACCAGGCACUCACUCGAGCCCGUGACUCGUGCAGAGCUCCUUGGUCCGUCGAGUACCCAUGCACACGAGCCUGCCAAAUGGGAUGGCGGUCCUGCCAAUCGAAUCCAGGCCUUCCGAUGCCCUAUCUGCUUCCCAUAUUGCGGACUUCACAUCUCUCACCGCAAGCCAGAAACACCAUCAGGAAACAAUGGAGAGGACAGCAAUUUCCUGUCCGACGGGUCGGACGAUUACGGGGGAGAAUUGACACCUUCAUCCACCGGAUCGACUUCCAGUGACGACUUGCUGCGAGAGAACAGCUGUCCGCUGGUACAGCUUCCUCCGCAUGGGCAGCAGCUGAGCAUGUUGGAACGGCCACUGGGGCGAGAUGUCCUGCAGCCAACGGUUUCGUCCCGGUGGGCGUGCUCGAUGCAGCAGUGGUUAGUGAGCCAAGUGCAGCAGCAGCAGAAGCAGCAGCAGCAGCAGCAGCAACCCACUGCACAUCUUCCAACUACUCAAUCGCAGAGUCGACGCGCAUACGGCAAUUGGCUCGGGAUUGCUUGGGAUUGCUUGGGAUUGCUUGGGAUUGCCCACGAUGGUCGGUCGCAGGGCUCCAUGCCGCAUCCCCGAGGCCGAAUGUCGCCUGUGCAACAGCAACAUGAAAAUAACAACGACAACAACAACUACAACAACUACGAUUACUACUACCAAUUACUACUAACUACAGCACCAGACCAGAACUAG